AUGCACAAUCACACGACAGGAUGCGAAAGCUCCGCUGUGGGGACCAAGGGGCCGGCCCUCCCACUCCAGGUAUAUAAGGGUCACUCCUGCACCUUCAGGAGAAGUUUCCCUCUGUGUGUUCAGCCUGUACGCCCUCUACUGUUUCCUACACUACUCCUCUUCUCCUCUACUGCUCUCCGACUGUUGAGCUCAGCCUGUGUGGACUGACUGAAGGUAAGAGAACUUUGCGUGGCUAUUUAUUUUUCUAAUUUGUCUGCUGUGAGUUCGCUGUGGUUAUCGGUAAAUAAGCUUAAUGGACACUUGGAGCACGGUACUAAUUCCAUGUAACAAUGGGUUCUCUACAAUUGAAGUACUGGGUUUAAGUUCAGGUCAAUGAGUGGAAUAAUUAGAUUGGGUUCCAGUCAAUUAUGUGAGGAUGUAAUUGUGUUUUUCAUAUGAAAUCUGUCUUGAAUUAAUUUAUUGACAUUCAUUCACUGUACAUACAGUUUGAGAAUUGAUGGUGUACUGACUCCUGUUUAAUAUCUGGUGUAUUAUCGCUGCUGGAGAUGCUUUACUUCUGAUUGACGUCCCUCUAGAUUUGUUUUAAUUCUAUACAACCCAGAGAGUUCUUGUUUGUUGAAUCUACAUGAAUUAUUCACUAGUCCGUUGGUGGUGUGGUGGUGUGAAAUCACAGACUCCUUCACCCUGGAGAGUACUUUUCCAUGGCUCUUUAAACAGAGAAGAGUCUGUUUUGUUCUGCUCUGAGGCAUCUUGAGGUAGAAAAGUAAAUUCUCCUGACUGGAAGCUGAAGAAGCAUAAUUGUGUUGGUCCUUUCCUCCAGGAUUAUAUUUCGACAGGAAAGACUAAUCCAUCAGUACUACUACCCCACAACUUAGAUGGAUGGUCAAUCCAUAUUGAGUGGGAAAGGGCACUUUGUUUUAACAAAAUGUAUUGUUUUGGACAAUUGCCUUCUACCCCUGUGCUGAGUAAUGCAACAAAAAGGUUUCAGUUGUGUCAUGAGAAAAAUAUCAUAAGGUAUUCCAUAUGCUGGCAUUGUUACCGUUUUACAUGAAAAUUAGAUAGAGAGAGAUGGAUGGAACAUCAGAAAAGAUUAGCAUUAAAAGAGAACAUUAACACCUCUGCAUAGAUCUGUAUUAAAUGUGAAUCUCUCUCUCUGUGCCUCCUCCCUCAGCAAUGAAUGCAGUUAUCUGUGUAUGUGUACUGCUGUCUGCGCUCUCUGGCAGCAGUUUGGGGCGCCCGUCGCACUCGCAGGAUGAGGGCAAGCCUGAGCCCCCCCAGCUCGACAGCGUUAUGUCUCCCCAACACACACGCCACACCCGCUCAGCGCCCCCCAGUGGACAGCUCACCCCCUUCUCCAAACCGGCAGAGGACGAGGCAGAGGACAGCCGCACCAAUCUGCGUGAACUACUGGCAAGAUUGGUAUCCAGGAAAGGUAAGACGUAAGAUCUGUUAAACGUUUGUUAAUUAAAGUAAAAUAGAACAUUGUUAAAGGUGAAUAAAUGUCAUAUUCUAGGAUUGUAUGUUAUCACAAUCCCAGUAUCCCUCACUCAUGAACUAAGUCACCAAUUCUAUUAAGUCAUCUAUUAAGGCACCUUAUUCUCUAUGUAGUGCACUACUUUGAACAGGGCACAUAGGGCUCUGAUCAAAAGUAGUGCACAGGACAGUGACAUUGUAUGGGUUUUGGAUUGGCAUCAUCUCCACUCUGAUAGCUUUCCCAUCUCUAUAGUUAAAAGCACUUUUCCUCUGAGAGGGAAGAGAAGUCCCACAGUAGGAGACAGACAGCCAGGGAGGAGAUAGUCGAUAGAGGGAAUUAUCCAGACUGAGAGGAGACCUUCCCUCCAGUGGUUUUCAUCAUGUAACAGAGAUGAAAAAACAUGACAUCGUUAGAGAAAGAAAGCCUCCCCCCAUCCUUCCUCUCUCUCCGUGCUUCCUCCUCUGUCAUCAUCCAUCUCUCUGGCUGUUGUCACAAUCUACUGAUGGCUUUGUCACGCUGCUGUUGUCCUGCCCUGCUCAAACUGGAGUUUUUGAGUUUUAUAAAGAAUCAAAUUAAUUGCUAUAUAUUGCCAUUUUUAAAGGACCUCCACAAAAGUUGAGUGUGGGUUAAUGCGGUUUGUAGAUGAUAUCAUUAACUAGUCUGAAGAGUGCCAGAACAUUUACACACAUAUAAGAAUAAACAUUUACAAACAGAGAAGUAAAUGCCAAAGCAUGGAACAGUCAGUAUCUCCAGUGGAUUGCUAAUGACUGACCGGCAUCAGUCCCUGGGAUGAUGCUGAGCGGAUGUUGCUGAAUGGUUCCAUUAGAUAGCUAGCUGACGCUGAUUUAGUCAAUUAACAAGUGUUACUUUGUUUCAAUCCAAUAGGUCUUCCCUGAACCCUGAAACAAAAAAUGGUUAAGAAACACUGUCUUAGUCAGCCAUACGUAACAUGUAUCAUCAAUACACUUUCCAUGUUAUGUUCUGAUCCAACAUAUCAAGAAGUUGUGUUAUCAUGAUCCUGAUCAGUCAGAAGGACGGGAUGCAUUCCAGGAAUAAUUAUAUUAUAUUCUUUCAUCUAAUGAUAAUCAUUUUAAACCAACAGAAAGACUCCAGUGCCCGAUAUAGUACAGAUGAUGUGAUGUCUGUCUCUGUUCCAGACAUAGAGAUAUACAUUAUACCCAUAUACAUUAGAAUAUAUAUACAUUAGAAUAUAUAUAUACAGUUGAAGUCGGAGGUUUACAUACACUUAGGUUGGAGUCAUUAAAACUUGUUUUUCAACCACUCCACAAAUUUCUGGUUAACAAACUAUAGUUUUGGCAAGUCGGUUAGGACAUCUACUUUGUGCAUGACACAAGUCAUUUUUCCAACAAUUGUUUACAGACAGAUUAUUUCACUUAUAAUUCACUGUAUCACAAUUCCAGUGGGUCAGAAGUUUACAUACACUAAGUUGACUGUGCCUUUAAACAGCUUGGAAAAUUCCAGAAAAUGAUGUCAUGGCUUUAGAAGCUUCUGAUAGCCUAGUUGACAUCAUUUGAGUCAACUGGAGACCUCCACAAGUCUGGUUCAUCCUUGGGAGCAAUUUCCAAAUGCCUGAAGGUACCACGUUCAUCUGUACAAACAAUAGUACGCAAGUAUAAACACCAUGGGACCAUGCAGUCAUCAUACCGCUCAGGAAGGAGAUGCGUUCUAUUUCCUAGAGAUAAACGUACUUUGGUGCGAAAAGUGCAAAUCAAUCCCAGAAACAGUGGGGAAAAAAAGUAUUUAGUCAGCCACCAAUUGUGCAAGUUCUCCCACUUAAAAAGAUGAGAGAGGCCUGUAAUUUUCAUCAUAAGUACACGUCAACUAUGACAGACAAAAUGAGAUUUUUUUCUCUCCAGAAAAUCACAUUGUAGGAUUUUUUAUGAAUUUAUUUGCAAAUUAUGGUGGAAAAUAAGUAUUUGGUCAAUAACAAAAGUUUCUCAAUACUUUGUUAUAUACCCUUUGUUGGCAAUGACACAGGUCAAACGUUUUCUGUAAGUCUUCACAAGGUUUUCACACACUGUUGCUGGUAUUUUGGCCCAUUCCUCCAUGCAGAUCUCCUCUAGAGCAGUGAUGUUUUGGGGCUGUCGCUGGGUAACACGGACUUUCAACUCCCUCCAAAGAUUUUCUAUGGGGUUGAGAUCUGGAGACUGGCUAGGUCACUCCAGGAUCUUGAAAUGCUUCUUACGAAGCCACUCCUUCGUUGCCCGGGCGGUGUGUUUGGGAUCAUUGUCAUGCUGAAAGACCCAGCCACGUUUCAUCUUCAAUGCCCUUGCUGAUGGAAGGAGGUUUUCACUCAAAAUCUCACGAUACAUGGCCCCAUUCAUUCUUUCCUUUACACGGAUCAGUCGUCCUGGUCCCUUUGCAGAAAAACAGCCCCAAAGCAUGAUGUUUCCACCCCCAUGCUUCACAGUAGGUAUGGUGUUCUUUGGAUGCAACUCUGCAUUCUUUGUCCUCCAAACACGACGAGUUGAGUUUUUACCAAAAAGUUAUAUUUUGGUUUCAUCUGACCAUAUGACAUUCUCCCAAUCCUCUUCUGGAUCAUCCAAAUGCACUCUAGCAAACUUCAGACGGGCCUGGACAUGUACUGGCUUAAGCAGGGGGACACGUCUGGCACUGCAGGAUUUGAGUCCCUGGCGGCGUAGUGUGUUACUGAUGGUAGGCUUUGUUACUUUGGUCCCAGCUCUCUGCAGGUCAUUCACUAGGUCCCCCCGUGUGGUUCUGGGAUUUUUGCUCACCGUUCUUGUGAUCAUUUUGACCCCACGGGGUGAGAUCUUGCGUGGAGCCCCAGAUCGAGGGAGAUUAUCAGUGGUCUUGUAUGUCUUCCAUUUCCUAAUAAUUGCUCCCACAGUUGAUUUCUUCAAACCAAGCUGCUUACCUAUUGCAGAUUCAGUCUUCCCAGCCUGGUGCAGGUCUACACUUUUGUUUCUGGUGUCCUUUGACAGCUCUUUGGUCUUGGCCAUAGUGGAGUUUGGAGUGUGACUGUUUGAGGUUGUGGACAGGUGUCUUUUAUACUGAUAACAAGUUCAAACAGGUGCCAUUAAUACAGGUAACGAGUGGAGGACAGAGGAGCCUCUUAAAGAAGAAGUUACAGGUCUGUGAGAGCCAGAAAUCUUGCUUGUUUGUAGGUGACCAAAUACUUAUUUUCCACCAUAAUUUGCAAAUAAAUUCAUAAAAAAUCCUACAAUGUGAUUUUCUGGAGAAACAAAAUCUCAAUUUGUCUGUCAUAGUUGACGUGUACCUAUGAUGAAAAUUACAGGCCUCUCUCAUCUUUUUAAGUGGGAGAACUUGCACAAUUGGUGGCUGACUAAAUACUUUUUUUCCCCACUGUAUUUGGCUAAGGUGUAUGUAAACUUCUGACUUCAACUGUACAUUAUAAUAUAUAAUAUAUAUAUAUAUAUAUAUAUAUAUAUAUAUACACAUAUAUACAUAUACACACACAUAGAAUUAAAAAAAAUAUUAUACCCAUAUACAUUAGAAUAUAUAUAUUAUACACAUAUAAAUUACAUUAGAAUAUAAUGUUCUGUAUUUAAAGGGGCAAUCUGGGAUUCAAACAACGCAAAACCGCCACUUCUUUGGUAAACAGCUGAGGGAUUGGGCUGGAGAAAUGUAACCCCUCAAAUUAUCUGGUUCCAGGAUCAUUCCAGAGGAGCUCGUCCCUGAGCAGCAGAGCCAGCGGUCCGGGUCCCAGCCACAAGAUAAAGGACAGAGACUACCUGGGCUGGAUGGACUUCGGACGCCGCAGUGCAGAGGAGUACGAGGAAUACUCCUCAUAG